UCUUGUGGCUUAAGACUUAAAAAACCUAUUAUAGAUCUGAACUAAGCAGAUAAAAAGUUUAUUUUGAUAUUGUGAACAGUCGCCGCGUUGCCGGUCGUGUUGCGUUGCACGACGUUGCAUAUUAGUGAUAUUCCAGUGAUUUCAUGACUUAUCAUUGACAUUCCUCUUUUAUCCGGUAUAAACUACAAUGCUGUUAGUGAAUCGUGCUGUUUUAUUUAAUUUGUUAUUCGCGUAUUUUACUUUUGGUAAUCCUGAGGAAGAACAAGGGGUUAAAUACGCCAACAAAUGCGAAGUGUGCAAAGUUUUAGCUACAGAACUUGAGGCUAGGCUAGAUGAAACAGGAAAGACAAACGAUGUGUUAGAAAUUGGAUAUUCAGUAGAUGAUGUUGUGCCAAAGAAGAAAAAGGAAUAUAAGAAGUCGGAGCUACGGUUAGUAGAGUCCAUGGAAAAUGUUUGUGAACGCAUAUUGGAAUAUAAUAUACACAAAGAACGUACAGACAGUACAAGAUUUGCAAAAGGAAUGAGUCAAACGUUCAAAACAUUGCAUGGCCUCGUGGAUAGAGGAGUCAAUGUAGAUUUGGGUAUUCCAUAUGAGUUAUGGGACAAACCUUCUGUUGAGAUAACUACUUUAAAAACACAGUGUGAAGAUUUGCUGGAAAAUUAUGAAGCUGACAUCGAAGACUGGUAUUAUAACCAUCAAAGAGAGGUUUCUUUAAUUAGGUAUUUAUGUUCUGAGCGUGCAUUGAAAGGACAAAAUGAUUCUUGCCUAAAUGAAAAACUCGAUGCUGAGAAAGAUGCCAAAAAACAAAAGAAAAAGGAGGUAUCAAAAGAGGAUGCAGAUAGUAAAGAAAGUAUGAAGGAUAAUUCUCCAAAUAUGAAGCAAGAAUUGUAAAACUACAUAAAUAAAUGAACAAAUUCAUAUAGGUAUCUUUUAUCAAUAAAUUAAAUAGAAUGUGAUCCUAAUAUACCCAGUAGAAAUACAAUA